UUUUUUUUUUGAAGAGAAAAAAAUGGAUUCUUUUUUAUGGUAAGGAUAUUUAUUUACUAUUUUUGAUGCAUUCACACAUCACAUAUGGUAUUUUAAUGUGGUAAAAUUGGAUGGGAUUUGUAUAUUUUCCGUACGAAAUUGUGGAAAUUGUAUUCUCUUUCUCUACCUUGAAAUGGAAUCCUCUUUUUUCAAUGCUCUCACCUAAUUCUACAUUUCUUCGUCGCUGCUUCCCUAUCAAUUAUCAAAGAUUUUGAGAGAGAAAAUGAAGAUAUAGAGAGAGGCUCUGCAAAUGUUACUAGCUGAAGAGGAAAAGCAAAAGAAGCUUUAUGCAAAUUUUGUGAAAGCAUAACUUGCUUUUACAUGCAAUUGUGGCUUGCAGCAGCUUCCUUUUUUUUUUUUUUUUUUCAGAAAUUUGAAGUUCUUCGCCGUCGAAUUUGAGCAGAAAUCCGUUGCAGAUUUCAUAUGACAGCUGCGAAGUUCAAAAUCGAAUAUUGAAAGCUUGGGAAAAAAUGAAGUGUUUCAAUCAAUUCAAGGAUAGAAGUAAAAUUAGGUUACAGAAAUCAGCGCCGACAUGGAAAAACCAGAGCAAAUUUGACAUAUCGGAAUCUGAGAGGGCCACCCAGUCAUCCUGUCCGGCUCCGGCAACGCCGCCGCGCGGAAUCACUGAGAUAUACGAAGAGAAAGCACAGAAUUUGAGAGUGUUUACAUUUGCUGAACUAAAGCAAGCGACUAAUAACUUCAAUAGAUUGCUCAAGAUCGGUGAAGGCGGUUUUGGAUGUGUAUACAAAGGAACAAUCAAGCCGCUUGAGGGCAAUCCUGGUCACUCCAUGAUUGUUGCAAUCAAGAAACUCAACAGAGAUGGCUGUCAGGGUCACAAACAAUGGGUAGCCGAAGUGCAGCUUCUUGGGGUCGUGGAUCAUUCGAAUCUGGUCAGGCUGAUAGGAUACUGUGCUGUUGAUGGAGAACGAGGUAUACAAAGGCUACUCGUUUAUGAAUACAUGCCAAACAAGAGCCUCGAGGAUCACAUUUUCAGUAGGGCUGGUCCAGUGCUAUCCUGGGAGCUGAGAUUGGAAAUAAUGCUCGGGGCAGCUGAAGGAUUGGCUUAUCUACACGAAGAAUUGGAAAUCCAGGUGAUUUAUCGAGAUUUCAAGUCAUCCAACAUUUUACUGGACGAGGAUUUCAAGGCGAAGCUUUCGGACUUUGGGCUUGCUAGGGAGGGACCAACAGCUGGUCAUACGCAUGUUUCAACCGCGGUCGUUGGAACGCAUGGAUAUGCCGCACCGGACUACAUACAGACAGGACAUCUCACUUCCAAGAGCGACGUCUGGAGCUUUGGCGUGGUGGUGUACGAGAUGUUGACAGGCAGACGGUCACUGGAACGGGAACAACCCAAAUCGAAGCAGAAGCUAUUGGAUUGGGUGAAACAGAACCCUGCUGAUAGUCGAAGAUUCAGCACGAUCAUGGAUCCGAGACUUGAAAACAAGUACCCGAUAAGCGCAGCUCGUAAAGUUGCUAAAUUAGCGGACAGUUGUUUGGUGAAAAGUGGGAAAGAGAGACCAAGGAUGAGCAAGGUGGUGGAGGCUCUCAAGAGCAUUAUAGAAGAGGCGUCGUCGUGCGUGGAGAGCCCUCCGGUGAAGUAUUUGGAGGAUGUCGAAGAUGCACCUGCGCCGGCACAACAGCCGGCUGCGUCGAUCGUACGGCGAAUCACACACUUAGCUAAAAUCAGUGAGAAUUUGGAUGGAGUGAACACAAGGUUUAUGAUGAUGCAAAGGACUAAGGUCACAUAACUAGAGAUGUAGAGCUUUUGGAGUUAGUUUUGGUUUGUAAAGAUGAUUAGACGAUUAAUUGUCAUAUAUAGUGUUUGAAUAUGAAUUAUAAUUAAUUAGAAAGAAACUAGGUUUCAAAUUAAAAAACUAUGUUUUAAAUUAGGGCAAAUAGCGCCAAAAUCUCUAUAAUUUUCCCGAAUUUGCAUUUUUCCCUUGACUUUUAAAAUUCUUGUUAAAAUCUUUGAACUUAA